AUGCCCUUCGCAACUGAGUCUCCGCGUUGGCUUCUAGUUCGAGGUAGAAGCCAAGGAGCUCUUGAUGUAUUGAAAAAAUAUGCAAAAUCUCAUCACAAGUUACCUCCAUAUCAAAGUCUUGUAGAACCUUCUUCUAGUGCUGAGAAAGUGGCUGGUAAAGACUCAAAGUAUGGCAAUGGCUAUGAUUACUGGUUUUGGACAAUAAACGCGAUGAUGGAGAUUCCGGCUGUUUUUGUUGGCAGAGUGCUCUUGAGCUUCCAAUCAUCGUUUGUUCUUCUCCCUAUCGGCUUACAUUGCAGGCAUUUCAUUUUCUAUGCUGCAACAAGCUUUGAUGCUAGGCGCUUCUAUUGCUUCUCUAGUUGUCUUUGGUCGUCUGAGUCCUUCUCUAUCGUUUCUUCUAUUUGGGUGCUAUCUAUUAUCAUUGUCAUGUUAAGCCAGUGUCUUCACGAGACUGGCAACUCCCCACUUUAUAUAACUUUGAAACAUGAAGAAGAGGAAGAAAAGUUCAAUGCUAUCGAUGAAGACGUGGGAGGAAUAAAACUGGGCAAGGAGGUACAGAAGUAA